GGAUACAAGUUUUAAACUAUUGUGCUUGUUAUUUAAAAAUAUUCUGCACAAACUGUUGUACUCGCGGGCGUGAGAAAAACUUAGUAGCAGUAGAAGUAAAAUAUUAUGAAUCCCAUUAUUAGAUGCUCACUGACAAUAAUCAACAGUACUUACAUGUAGAAAUUGAUAAUUAUUGCAUUAAAACGAUUGUCAUUCCCCUCAAUAAUGGACAUUCAUUUUGCAGUUUAAAUCGACAAAUAAACUUUAAAAACAAACUGUGAAUAAGUCAUAUUUUCCUUCCAGGAUGUCAUACGGUUUAGUCCUCUUUGACUGUGAUGGAACAACGGCCGUUAUUCCAAGGCGUCAUCUAAAAGAAGAUGCGACUGUGGGACAGCAACUUCAUAUGAAAGCAGCUGGGAACCACCUUUGUGAAAUCUUACAUCUUGCAUACACAAAGGAUGAACUAGACCAAUGGGAGCGAGUGUGGUCAACAACAUUAAGAAGCAAGAUUAUUGACCAAAAGAGGGAUAGGGGUGAAACAAGUGGAUUGCUUGACCAGCAGCGUCUUCAACCGUUUGUUCUGUUGGACCCAGUAACUGUUACCGACUCAGCUCUUCCCAAAACCUCUGGAAAAGGCAAAAAGUCAUCUCCAAAACAACAAAACAGAAAACGAAAGAAUGAAAAAAUCCCGAACCCAAGAACCAUGAAAGUGACCUCUAAACCAAAAGGUGCAUCGACUCCAAAGUCAACUCUAAAAAGGGCAUCACAUCCACAAGAUGCCUCAACUCAAAAAGAGGCGACAAUAUUAUUAAAAUUCUGCAAACAAACUGUUUGAACAGGGACUUACAUUGUUAUCUCUUUCAAUGUGUUUCAACACUCGUAUUCUGUAAGCAAUCCGUCACAUUUGUUUUUUUCAUUUUCUGUGAGUCUUUUUAUAUUUAAGUUAAAGAAAUGUGAAUUAUUAAUAGUACAAGUGUCUUUGUACGUUUAUUAUAGGCUUUAUGUAUGUUACUUCUAUGUUAUGUAUUGAUAACUGUUUGUAUUGUCUUUCUUUAAAGAUUUAAAGAUUUUCGGUAUUUGUUCCAUGGGUAUAGCUCUUGCUCUUGCUCUAACUAACAUGCCAUUUAUUUUCUCAUCUAUACUUUUUAUAAUAUAAUAUAUAUGGUACACUGACAUGGUACCAUGAUAGUAUUCGUGUGUGUAAAUAGAUGCUUUUGCCGGAAGUUUAAAAAAAACUAGCAUUUUGUAUCAACAAACAUUUAUGUUACCAGACAACCUGUAGAAUUGAAAGUUUUGAUAGUGCUAUUAGGAACUCUGAUAAAUAAUGGGUCAACUUUAUUUUGUGAAAUUGUUGAUUGAUGAGUAUUUAUGGUGCUUUAAUUUGAUUUUGAUACUCUUCAUUUAAAAGA